AUGAGUGACUAAAAUUAGCAAAGCAGCAGUGUUUAGACUUAGGUUGAAAUAUUUAAGGAUAAUUGGGAAAUGGCUAAAGUUGCACUGAAACUUAAAAUAUAUUUUGCUGAAAAGGGAUGGGUGAGUGUAGAUAUUCAAAAAGUUGAAAAAGGGUACUAUGAUUAAGAUCUCUCAUGGAGAAUGAGAAGAUUAGGAGCUCCUAGCGAAGCCUAUUUGUGUAAAUCUAUGAUUAUGGAAAAUACAGGCUUUAAGCAAGAAUUUGAGAGCAAAUAUUAUUAGCGUUUUUAUUGUGUGAUUAUUUAAUAUGUGACUAAAAUGAAUAGCGAUAAGCUUCUUAAAGCUGCAAGAGCAAUUUAGAAUAACAACUGCGAAGAAAAAGUAGGCAAAUCUGGAUAUAAUUUAAGAUUGCUUAAUGAGGAAGAAUCUAAUUAAAUGACAGGCUAUGGCUAUAAUGGAGUCACUCCUUUUUUGUUUAACUAAAAAAUGCCUAUUCUUAUUUCUGACAAAUUGGGCAAUCUUAAUCCAAAGUUUUUCUUUUUAGGUGGUGGUCACGCUGAUCUUAAGCUGCGUAAAUUAAAAUUGAUAAAAAACAUUUCAUAUUAAAACUUAUUUAUUUAAAAAGGUGUUUCUUUUGAUGAAUUUAUCAAUAAGCAUGAAUAUGAUGUUUAUCCUUGUGAUCUAUCAGAUACAGAUAAAAAUUGGAAGCAUUUACAAGACUGA